UAGAAUAAAGAAGAGAGAGAAAGAAGAGAGACGAAACCCCCCUAACAAUAUAUAUGAUACUUUUAUUGAUAUAGAUCAGUUAGAUGAAAGAGACAUGUGUGAUAUAUAUAAAUAUUAUAUUUUCAAAGUUAAGAGUAUCGAUUCACCUGUAUUAGUUCACGAAUCAUAAAGUCAGUCUGUUUUUCAAUACAAAAUAAACAUAUAUAAUAUGGAAAAGUCUUAUCAAUCUUCAAUGCCAAAUAUUUUCAAAAAUUGUCGGAGAUAGGAUAUUAUAUAGUAUAGAUAUAUGAAAUUUAGUAGUAAUAAUAAGCAUAAGAAUUGUGAUUAAAAAGAAGAUAAGUUUUUGGUAUCAUUGUUUUCGACUAGAAUGCUAAGAAUAAUAUGACAACUGAGUGUAACAUAGUUUAGUUUAUUAAGUUUUAGAUAGAUUUUUUGAAAUAUUUCUUUAACAUAAUAAAAUUCAGAUUUAAUUCAGAAGACAAGGAGUUGUAUCAAUAUCGAUGACAAUUUUGUUAUCUUAUACCAAUCAUCAUCAUUAACACUGCUACUUGAUACUUUUUUAUGGUCAACUCUGUUUUUGUAAACACCAGUUGAAACAGCAACUUAAUUUAGUAACACUAGCUUAUCUUUUUUAAUUAAAAUUAGGCACCGUUCAAGUGCAAAUCGCUUGUUUAUACUAUAGCUUGACGCUUUUUAGGCGACCCUGUAUUUAUGAUUUUAAAGAAAACUAACUUUUUUUAGAAAAUUUUUUUAAAUAUAUGACGAUGAAUAUAAGAAUAUGAUGAAUAGAAAAAUAUUCGAUGUCUCGAUAACUUCAGUGUCAUACAUGAGAAAGUAAAAAUCAACAUCUGUAACACAACAUUAAUAUUUAAUUGAUUGUUUAUCUUUCACUUUAUUUAGUAAUAUGAAAAUGAAUUAAAAACAGAUUUUACUUAAAGUUAAUUUGGUGUUUGCACUUUAGAAAAUUAGUUACCUUAAACUACAGUACAUUUUUCAGUCAGUUUUUAUUUGAAAAGGUGUACAUAUAAGAAAGUAUAAGCGACGCAGUUAAUUAUAGAGAACUAUUAAGACAUUAUAAAAAGUGCAUACUAAUUUCUAAUCCCAUGGUAUUUUAAAUAUUACUUUUUUUAAUAUUCAAUAUUAAUACAUAUAUUGUUUUUCGAACAAUUUAUCGUUAAAUUUUCUGUAAAUAUUGUAGUAAAUCUUUUAUUCCAGAAUACAAAAGUGAAAUACUGCAUAAAAAUUCCCGAAAAUUUCAUUUUUCAAAAACAAAUCUUUUCUUUUGUUCUUUGACUUUCUGAGACCGAAAGUUAAAUUUAUCAUUUUAUGAUGCUUAAAAAACUCUCGCUCUCAGUCAUAUUUACGAUUCAUCUGCUGUCGAACAUACAUAUGUUUAUAGUUAAUAUUUUUACAACAGAGCAUCGUUAAAACAUGAAAAGUACAAAAACGUAGGAUGAAGUUUCCCAUGAAGCCUUUUACUUUUCUAAUUUUAAAAUAACACACUCAUUACAUAUUCUGUACAAAAUUUCACGAUUCACCUUUUAAAGAAAACAUGUAUUAAUGCUGAAUAUAAACAACUUUUAUAAGAAAUUAAAAGAAUGAAAAACUAAAACUGCUCAAAGAUUCAUAUGAUGCGUUUUCAUGCUUUUAACUACUAGAGAUUAUGAAUGUUUCAAACAGUAAUAUCAAUUGAAUCAUACAAUUAAAUAAAAAGAGAGCAAGUGAAUAAUGAGCUAAAUGAAUUCUAAAGAUACAUCUGUUGACUGGUGAAUCCAGUUCGAUUUUAAUCAGUUUUUUUGGUAUAGCACCAGCAUCAUUUGCACAAGCUCGUAUAUGGCAUGACGAAAGAAAUCGAUUCGAUUCUGACCAACCUCAAAUAGCAAUCUACAAUAUGCCUUUUGUUUAUCGUCUGCAACCAGGUCAUACUUUGUCGAUUAAACAACUUCAUCAUGCUCUUCAUCUCACUGUUAACAAACAUCUCUCACUUCAUACAUCACUUCAUUUUGAUAUAAAAAAGAAUCAACUUCUGCAACGAGUUAUUACUCAUGACGAUAAAAAUAAUAAUAAUAAUAUGUUUUCAAUCAUCGAAACUACUUAUGAAACAGAUGAACAACUCAAUGAUAUUUUACAUGAUGAAAAACGUAAUCCUCAACUUUUUGAUCUUGCUCAAGGUCUUGUCUUUCGAUGUCACCUUGUUUACUACAAACAAAUCUCUUCAAAUCGUCUUCUUUCUGACAAAGAUCUACUUAUCUUUAACUUUCAUCAUGCUCUAUUUGAUUUUCCAUCGAUGAAUAUCUUUCUUCAUGACCUCAAUCAAGCAUAUACAACAGGCCAACUAUUAUAUGAUGAUAACACUAAUCUACGUUAUCUCGAUUAUGCUGUUAUCGAACAACAAAUGGCAAUGACUGGUGCAAGUAUGUUUUGGCUUGAUGCUCUUCAUAAUUGUAAACUUGAUCAGCCUUUGUCAUUACCAUUUGAUCGAUAUCGUCUAACCAGUGAACAUCGAAGUGGUCGUGGAACAUCUAUUUCUUUUGAUUUUGGUCAAGAUCUCUCACAUCACUUUCUUACACAUGCAUCAUCAAACAACAUAUCACUGGAACAUCUCACAUUUGCUAUUUACUUUCUCUUUCUAUUCAAAUUAACGAAUGGACAAACAGAUCUAUGUCUGGCUAUGCACAUUCAUAAUAAUCGAUAUAGAGAUGAACUCAAAUCAAUCAUUGGACUGUUUGAGAAUGUCAUUCCAUUACGAUGUCAAUCACAUCCUUACUGGUGUUUUCAUCAGUUACUCGAACAUGUUCGAGAGGUAACAACA